CUCUAUACAAAACACAACCAUGACUGCGACACCAACAGCAACGUUUAUAACCGACCAGAACGUUAUUGAAGGAUUCAAUCGGGGUUCCAUAACUACCGUUUUCACGCCUCCACCCUCAUGCACCGAAACUAUUACUUCCGCCACCGGUGCUUUAUUCGUCGGACACUAUAGACUCGACUUUGACCAGGAGUGUUAUCCGAAAGCGUCUGGUCCAUCUGAAGCACCGGCACCGUCUUCUGGAUGGGAUGCAUAUUACUAUAGCCCGGCUAUAUGCCCUGCCGGUUGGACCGCUGCGACUACAUUCACGAGCGCCAUUCCCAUACACCCAACACCAUCGGCAUAUUCUCUCGGAUCUGCCACUACCGCAGCUUUAUGCUGUCCUCUUGGAUACUCGUUGUUCCUCGAUGGCCACCAAUGCUCAUCCAUAAUUACAGCAAACCAAGUUCUCACAGUACGCAUCUACGAUGGGCCAUUCAGCUCCAGCAAUUUGAGCAUAAGCACGCAAGCCUCCGAUUGGUGGGUGUUUGGUGACGGCGUGCCUAUCAUGUGGCAAUCAACAGACUCGGCGGUACUUGCGCGCGCUACUUUCACGGCAUCGAGCCAAACGAUCACUGGGCCAACGCAGAUAUCACCAAGUACAUCUCCUACGGAUAAAAUUUCGUCUACCGAGACUCCGUCGUCAUCGCCGGGCGGCCUGUCUACGGGUGUGAAAGCCGGAUUGGGUGUUGGCAUAACAGUGGCUGUUAUCGUGCUGCUAGUGGUUGCUUUUCUUCUUGGGAAAAGAAGGCGACGACACUAUGAGCACACGCCAGCCACCCAAGAAUACGCCAUGCCAGGUCACGAUGUUCCAAAGCAUGGAGAAUUUGACCAGGGAAAUCUGGGAUACCAUGAGAUGCAGGCGGAUCAUGCGAGAACGGAGAUGCAAGCAAACCCAGUGGAGAUAACAAACCAACAUGAGCUGCCGAAUGUAGCGCAUUAAGAGGAUGCUGCCUAUGUGAGAGAACGAAGCAAAAUGAUGUAUAAUCUAAGACUAGAGAUUUGACUAGCGCAAGCUUGGUAUGCCAUGAAGAGAUGGUAAGGACGGUAAGGACGAAACCGUAAAGCUGUAUGUCGGUACAGACAAUGUGAUGAAGGAG